CAUACUGUCAUUAAAAUGGGUGGAUUAACGUUGGGUGGAUUUGCAAACAGUCUAGCAAACAAGGUUAGCAUCACCGCUUAAUCUCAAUGAGACACACCCGUAGCAUCUUGAGAUACAUUACAUUAUAGGCCACAUAACAUCCUCUCAGUCACGAGAUAUGCACAUUGAUUUACAAAACUUGACCAGUUACCAAGAUCAUUACAUCCGUUUAAUUAAAACGCUGCCUUUGCGUGAACUCCAUGAUGAAAAUAUUAAUCAUCAGCGUCUGGCCGGGAACAGGUCAUCUUCUGUGACGUGGGGCAGUCUCUUUUGCGGCAGGGUUGCCCAGCUGCCACUUGACAGCUACCAGAUGUAGUAAACGCUGGGUGCUAUUUUGAUGGGUCAUAUUUCUCAUGGAACUGAUAGUAACAAAUAAUGUUAUUUAUAUCAAAACCGACAAUAAGCUACGCGCUUCUAUUUUUUAUUUUCAAAAAUGCCGAAUCAGAUGAUGCCUAUCAAUCAACUGACACGAAAGCAGAGUCUGUAGCUGCUCACAACAAUGAUAAUCCAGUUACCAAACUACCAGGGUCUGCAGAUAAUUAUUACUCAACUGCUGUAACACCAGGGACUCCUGCAAUGUCUACUCAAUUUGAAGAACAUUUGAAUCCAGCAGACACCGUGAUUGGACCCUGUAGUGUUACCUGUGGAAUUGGAGUUCAACAAACUCUAAGAACUAAGGGCUGCCCUGGAAAUCACAAACAAUGUGUUUUAGGCGUAAAUGAGUGUAAAAGGGACCCAGAUUGCGGCUACGGUUCGGUUGUACCACGUGGCCGUACCAAAGCUUUGCUUUAUUGUGCCACCAUCAAAUCAGCAUUCAGGUUUACAUACAGGUGGCAACGAAUUGAAGAUAAUAAGGAGCCGUUAACUCUAGAAAAUACUCGUUCUGUCAUUGAAGUGAGACGAAAGAAUUAUCCUGUGGAUUACCAGUGUGACGCUUAUGAAAACGAUUCGCUCACUAGCACAGUACGAUUUACUGUGCAUGAAUCUCUUGGGUUAGAUGAACAUGCUUAUUCAAAAAAAGGCUCACAACCCCUUUUCAUCAGUGUAGGAGUUCUGACCAUUUUGUGUUGCAGUUUCCUUGUAUAUGAAUUGUACAGUAAAAUUAUAUCGAAACGCUUCAAGGAAAUAGAUGCAGAGAACUGCCAAGGCCCAUCUGCAGAUCCUUCUCCAACCCUGGCACCACAGCCUCAACCUGAGCCAGAACCGGAACCAGAACCUGAGCCAGAACCAGAGAAUGAGCCGGAACCGGAACCAGAGCAAGAACCAGAGAAUGAACCGGAACCAGAACCUGAGCCAGAACCAGAGAAUGAGCCGGAACCGGAACCAGAGCGAGAACCAGAGAAUGAACCGGAACCAGAACCUGAGCCGGAACCGGAACCAGAGCGAGAACCGGAGAAUGAACCGGAACCAGAACCUGAGCCAGAACCAGAGAAUGAGCCGGAACCGGAACCAGAACCAGAGAAUGAGCCGGAACUGGAACCAGAACCAGAGAAUGAACCGACACCAGAAGCAGAACAUGAGCCUGCUCAAGCAGAAGUGUCUGACACAUAGAAAAGUGUCUGAAGUACUGAUUAUGGACUUCCAUAUAUCCUCUACAUAUUUCAAACCAAAUAUACAUGUAACCAAAAAAAAGCAUACUGUAGUUACUGCUUGAUCUGCUUCUCCAGCUAUCAUAUUGAAAGUACUUUAAGACGUUCUGAAGAACUGAUAAAGAAUGUGAGAGAGAGAUAAAUAUAUGCACAGUUUUUACUGAUGACUUUGCUUGGUCUUUAACAGAUAUCACAUGUAUAUGUGCCUCAUUUAAAUAUAGGUCCUCUUACUAACGCAGUUUGACAUUGCAACGAGAUUAGGUUGAGUUUUACAGGCUCAUUUCAUGGUGCAGAUGGAAAUGUUGAAAUAGGUGCAUUUAUGUUCUGCAUAUGCAUCAUACUUCAUAUUGGUUUUCUACAUGUGGCAGUGUUCCACACUGUCUGCUUUGAACGGGUUUUUGUAUGCCGAUUCAGAUAUUGCCUUUGACAAGGAAUAAGAACAAUACAUUAAAAACAUGUGUCUUGUACGGGCCCUACCUGGACAUGUGUGUAGAGAGCAGUUAAUUGAGGUUGUUGUUGUUUUCUAAACCCUAGAUUGAGAUGGAUUGUCCCUGGAAGUUGCAAAAAUGGAACGUCUAAUAGAAUACCUUCCUAUUUUUGUGUAGUGUAUGUAUUUUAAAAUAUAUUGAAUGAUAUAACUCACGAAUGAAAUGCUCUUCUGUUUUAAAUGUAUAAACUAGCUGUUCUAAUCCAACACUAAUUUGCUCACAGUGGGCAUGUCAUUCACAACAACCAAACAGGACUAGAAUCUGGAAAUGUAACACUUUCCACAUGAUAGACUAGGGUAGCCAGCGGAUAGUGCUGUACAACUAAAUAAACAGACACUUCAAAUGACCCUCAUUUCACAGUUCAGGCCCGUUUUCUGUACUCCAAAUCUUGACCCGCAUUUGCAUUUUAAAAUCCACAAGAAUACGUAAAGCGUAUUAGGUUCUAUAGAAAGUUACAACUGUAUACAUCGUGUGUGCGCUUUUUGCACAGUCCUGCGCAGCUCUUGUAGGCGAUUGGCUGCUUCCCCACGUAGUAGAACAUGCUCUAGUAUACACCCACUAAGAUGUGGUCACUCCGCAGCUAACCAAUAAGAAAUCAGGAACGAAGCUGCGUUUAAUCCAAUGGAAGCAGAGAGAUUUUAAACACAACUCCCUACAGCUCAGCGGUUAAUUUGAAAGGAAUCAAUGGAGUACGAGGGUGAUGGAACGACUAAACUAUGUUGCUGUAUACAGUGUUUUAGAUAAAAUAAACGAUGAAGAAGACAGUCGAAAUAGCGGUUUCUGAUUGAGCACGAUCAGGUUUAUUGUGGAUGCUACUUGUGGUAUAUAUAUCUGGUACUGGGGGGGUGAGAUGGCGGGGAGCUUGAAAAAGAGCAUGCUGUGCAAGCUUGCUUAUUUGAUGAUGACAAUUUUGGAUGACCCCUAAGAUUAACAGUUUGAUUUUCUUUCAACAAUAAAUGAUGCCAAGUUUGUUUUAGUAUAUAGACCUUCAUAAAUCUUGUCCUUUCAUGCACAAAAAAAAUCUUGUAUUUUGUAUUAGUCCAUGGUUAUGAAACUGAUGCUAAGCUGUUGUGGGUCAGCAUGUGUAUAGUAAACUGUAGAGCUGCAGGGGCUGAGGCUGCUUCUCAUUCUUGCGUCUAUCUUUAUUAUUUCCACAUUGCUUUUCCUUUAUUUUUAUAUUCCAGUGCAUUUCUUGAACAUCAAAUAUAAAAUGUAAUGCAUCACUCUGUUUUAUCCUGGUGUUUAAAAGUAUUAAUGCAUUUUGUUUUUCUUUUUUAAUGAAUGUGGGUACCUUUCUUUGGUAUUACCAAGAAGACCAGAUGUUAUUAUCUUUAUUUCAAACUCUUGUCAUAUAUGAGAAACCCUUAUCAAUACAUUUAUAUACAGUUCAGAUGUACUUUAUUCACUUUGCAAACUCUUACCAGUUUUGCUUAGUGUUUACAAACCAUUUGCCAUUCCCAAUAUGGUGGUCUCUUGUUAGCUUUAAAAUAAAGCAAAGAAUACAACUCCACAGCAACAAGCUACACCACAUAAAUCAGAUCAAGCCAGAACUCUUCUAGAAACUCAUGCCCAACAACAAUGACAACCACUACCAGCAAAGACUACAACUCCACAGCAACAAGCUACACCACAGAAAUCAGAUCAAGCCAGAACUCUUCUAGAAACUCAUGCCCAACAACAAUCACAACCACUACCAGCAAAGACUACAACUCCACAGCAACAAGCUACACCACAGAAAUCAGAUCAAGCCAGAACUCUUCCAGAAACUCAUGCCCAACAACAAUCACAACCACUGCUGGAAAAGCAAGCAGUGUCUCGAUAUGCACCGGAGCCUGAAAGAGCACCAGAGACCGAUAAUGUUUCAGAGCCCAUUUUCAACUAGAAACAAUCUAUGCUCCAUCUUGCAACUGCGGAAGAUACUUCUCCAUCACCUGAAUGUUAAGAGUGGCUGAAAUAAUUCUAUAUAACCAUAUUUCCUUGAUAAUAGAACAGUAAAUAUAUAAAGAAAUUGAAAUAAAAAACCUGCAUGUCGGACCAUUUUUAAAGAUAGAUGGUCUUUUAUAAGCAGUGCAUUGAUUAGGGGGGGGCAGUGUGGGUUCUUUUUAAUUAUUGUCUCCAAAAUGCCUUUGAUUAGAACUUUAAAAAAAAAUAAUAAUAAUAAUAUUUAUAAUUGAUCAUCAAGCAGGAUUAAAGUCCCUGUUCAGGAUUCAAAUUCAUAGCUUUUUCUUGUUUAUGCCUCAUUUCCAGGGUGUUUUAAAUUAACUAGAUCCAUAGUGGUGCAGUCGAGCAAGAACUUGCAUAAGAAGGCUAAAACUGCUGACGAAGGCGACAGCAACAGUCCAUCGACUACUGUGGGCACACACACACACACACAUAAAUAAUGUAAAGCAUUCUGACAAGAUGGAGAAAGAC